AUGACUUCGAGUAAGUCCUUUCGAGCCACUCUUCUGCCUUCUUCAUUUUCUCGUUCCUCGACCCGAUCCCAUGCGCAAAAUGGCUCCUCCGAUUCGAAAGCAACUUCCGACUCCGACAGCUCUCGCCGCAAGACGCCACCCGAACCUCUAGCUCCAGCUGUGAAGCCCGCUGACGGGCCACAGAAGAGCUUGGAGCCUGUGGUCGAGAGGAGAGACGACGCCGAACGCCCUCCAUCUAGAAAGAACCAGAAAUCGAAGCCAUGGAGCACUCGGAUCUCAUCCUUGAUCCCGUCGCUUACACUGCAGACAGACCACCGUCCGAUGUCUAUCCAGCGGAAGCCUGUUGGUCAUUUGGUGCCUCCGAAUGAGCCACCACCACCGCCGCCGCCGCCUUCUUCUACAUCUUUCGAUGCUCCUCUUUUCGAAGAUCCUCGUCUCCCUGAACCUCUCAAUCCUCCUUAUAUGGCUGCUCCCCUCGAUGCUCCUCCGCCUCCACCAUCCGGGCCACCACCUGGACCACCACCGCCUCCUCCUCAGCAGCCAUUAUACUCGGUAGCCGAAUCAACAAGCCCCUCCAGCGUGGCCGGCGAUAGUUCGACCGUUUUUGAAUCGGCACAAUCCGAUACAUCAUCCUUACCAUACCCACAACACAGCCCUCCGCAACCUCCACAGUCAAAGGUGUAUCCCGCUCCGGAUCCAGACACACCGGCUGUGUCAUCUCAGAUAUCGCUGCUGGUUAUGCAGCAGUCGGAUAUCAUCAGCCCUGUAGACAGUCCGCUCCCGCCUCCGCAUAUUAAUGAUCCAAUUCCGCCCUCUCCUUCUGUGUAUUCUGCACCAGACACCCCACAGGUCGACAAUGAUGUGCCAGUACCACCGCUCCCUGCGCUGGGCGGUUUCGACUUUGAGACUCAGCUUCAGGCUAACCCGGUGAUUAUGAAUCCUAUCAUGAAUCCUAUCCCACCCUCACCCGAACCGGUGAGGACAACCUUUACCAUUGCGGAAGCACUCGAAGAAAAUGUUGCUGCAAACCCUGACCUAGCCGACAACAACCAGGCCUCUGUUGGACUUGGCGUGGCAUCAGGUGAAAGCGCUGAGAGCAGCAUAGCUAGACAGCGAAGCAUGUCAUAUUCCGAGCGAAAGGACUCUCUUCCACCCUUGCAGGUGCUGAAAACUCGAUCAACGGCUCCUUUGCCGGAGCCUAGGGGACGAAGUGUCUCUGCACGUGUCAACUCGACGAUUAUGGAGGGCUCAAGGAUGUCCAUGUCCACGUCGACCACUAAUCUACGACCUAUUUCCAGCAUUAAUCAGAGCCCAACCAGGCGAAAGUUACGCCGAAGUUGGAUGCCAGGUCGAUCCCGCUCCAGUUCGAUAGAUGCUAAUCAUGCCAACAAAAUGGCUGCAUGGGUCAUGUCAGAUGGGAGCAAAGCGGAAUACAACACGGCUUUCCUUACAAAUGGAGAAAAGGUUCCUGAACUCUGGAAUGAGAAUGGCGCAGUGCUUGUCUACUUGUACCCCAAGUCUAGUGGACGCGGGCCAUCCUUCAAAGUACCGGAGUUUUGCGUCAGCUCCUCUUUCAUCUUCAACGAACUCAUUCGAGCAGAUCUGGAGUCCUCGGGCACAAGAACCAGGGCCAGCAGCUUUACAGGCCGAACCAGCCUCAGUACCGAUGACGCUUCACGGGUAUCAUCUCCGACAUCGUUCCCAGUCGAUCCAUCUGGGGAUUUCCUCCACCUAUAUCUUCCUCCUGCACCAUCAAAUGCCUCAUCGAGCCAGCUCGCGGUACCUACCGCCGACAAUUCGGGGUCGGAGCUUGAUCGUCUGGUUGCGAUUCGAAAUGUGUUUGCUUUCCUUACGGGCCAGCCUCUUGUGGGAACUGCGGCACGACCAACCAACUUCCACGCCUUCCUCCAAAUCUCAGAUCUCCUACAAGAAUUUUGCUUCUCGAGCCCUGAUGGAUAUACUUUUGGUAGCGCGGUUGAUCUAAGCUUCGGCUUCUACUCUGAGUCUCUUGGCUUUGGAGAUUGCCGCGCAAGCCGAGAACAAACGCUGGAAGCUCUGAUUCUGGGCGAGCGCAUGCGGUGCCUGGAGCUUUACAACGAGGCAUUUGUACAUGCUGUGGGAAAAUACUCUUCCAUUAUGGAUCUGCGCCUGCCCUUGUUUCAGGAAAUAUCCCCAAUCACACGGCAGCGACUGGAAAAGGCUCAUUUUGACCUUGAAAAUCGCUAUCAGAACGUAAAAGACCAGCUCGAACAGUUCGAAUUCCCGUCACUGUUUGCUGGUCUCGCAAAUUCGUCUUCUAUCCCUGAGCUGAGGCAAGUUCGAUUCAAGAUUUGGCGAAACUCAUUCAACAAGAUGAGGCAGUUUGUCUUGAGCUACUACAAAUCUGCAUUCGGUAGCUGGCCCCCUAAAGCUAGCAGCAAGAAGAAUCCUUUCGUGGAGAGCGGCUUGAAUCGCAUCGUGCUGAAGACCUUGUAUUCAGACCACUGUGCCCUCUACGACUUGCUCGUAGAUCGAAACAGCCUUACCACAAGAGUUAUCGAUGAGGUACCCACAGUUUCCAAAGAGGCUGAUGAGAUGAUUACAUCGGCUCUCCGCGUUAUCGAGUCUGAAUUUGACCGUUCUAGACCUCCCGUUCUGCCCCCUGUUCCUUUUGACCUCCCUCUAAUCCCGUCAAUGACGGCCAUUCUCGAAACGUACAACAAUCUUUCUCCCAGAGAACAGGCUAGAUUUGACAAGAAGGUCAAGGAGCCCGAAAUGUUGCUGGUGUUGAAUGGCGCUUAUAACUAUGACACUGCUGGCAUUCAACUUCCAUUCUUGGAUUACUUUAAAGAGUUUGAGGCUCGAGAAGCCAAGGGAAAGACGGCUCAAGAUCUCAUCGAUCAAAGGAUUGGUUACUUCCUCUUCCUCUACGUUAUUCUUCAGUCACUGCCCAUGUUGGUUGUGGAUGCUCCCGACCUCAAAUUUGCUGAAGGUGUUGAGUAUUUCUUGUGCCAACCUCCUAUGGGUAACCCGCCGUGGGUUGAUGACAAGGGAGUCCGAAGAAUGUGGUACGAAGUUGCGGGCGGUGGCUAUGUCGAGCUUUCCGCAGAUGCCGUCAUGUUCAGUGUGGAGGCCAUCUAUCAUCGAAGCCACUGUUGGCUGGCCGCCAAGAUUUGGGAGGAAAUGGGCAACUCGGCAACUCCGCCCCUUGAGGAGCCAGCUUUAGCACCUCUUGAGCCUCCUCGGCCCAUGUUCCAGGAUGCCGACCCCGGCUUCAACAACGGCUCAAGUGGUCUCUCCGGUCAAAGCACCCCAUCGUCCAUCCCGGGAUCACCCCAACUGCGGCCUCGACCGCGUAACCAGUCCCCAGCUAGUCGUCGUAUCAGUACCGCGGGUUUCAACAUUGCGGGGAACCGCUCAAGUAUUAUGUUGGGCUUGGAGCCUGUUCCCCUCGAGCCGCCGCCAAAUCUUUUUGGCGUCCACCAGCGCAGCAGCUCGCUGGGCCCACGACCGCCAAGCAGCCAUCUUUCCAACCGGUCUUCGUCCGUCGGAAAUCUUGUCGGUUUGAAUCCUCGGAUGUCAAGACCGAGCUCCCCGGCCAAACCUGCUGCAGCGACGUCCGGAACCACUUUUGAUGAUAUCUUGGGAGAAGCAAAUAAGAAAAAGGCAGCUCCCAAGAAGAAGGGUAGAUUCUUCUAA